GAUGACAUCAUGAGGAGGAGGGAACCUGUUUGGAGAAACACAACGCCAUUUUCACAGAGUGCAGCUCCAGACAGAUGCGUCUGAGCUGAGACCCCAGUGUUUCCACGAACUCCGCCGUCGCACGUUAUGAUCGUGUGAUUAUGAGACUAUUGUCUGUGCGGCACUCAGUGAUUUGAGCUCGUGCUGGUGGAACAGGACUGUCAGUGGCAGGAACUUCCCCCGUCGAGCGCCGGAAGACUGGACACACACACACACACACACAACUACCCCAAACCCUCACAAUCAGGCUGCGGAGCGGUAUAUUGACUGUCGGUUCGUGGAGGGACGAGGAGGAACAAACGCUGUUACGGUUGUGUGUGAUCUGUGUGCUCCGCAGAACGGAUGCGUGAGGACAUGUCGAGCGUGGUGUGCGUGAAGGAGACGGACGGGCAGGGGGACCCCGGAGAGAAGCUCUCCCAGGACGAGCUGCUAUGUCGGACACGGGAGGUCAUGCAGGGGCUGGAGGCGCUCCAUGCAGAACAUCAGGCCAUCCUGGAGGGGCUGAUGGGGACCUUGCGCUGCCUCAAACAGAGCCAGGAGGGUCGUGCUGUUGAGGAGAAGACAGCUAUGAUCCAGCGCUCUAUGGAGAUGCUGGAGCUGGGCCUCGGCGAAGCACAGGUGAUGAUGGCUUUGUCAGGGCACCUGAGUGCAGUGGAGGCAGAGAAACAGAAGCUUCGAGCACAGGUGCGGAGGCUGUGUCAGGAGAACCAGUGGCUGAGAGACGAGCUGGCAGGAACCCAGCAGCGGCUGCAGAAGAGUGAGCAGAGCGUGGCCCAGCUGGAGGAGGAGAAGAAACAUCUGGAGUUCAUGAACCAGCUCAAGAAAUAUGACCAGGACCUCAGCCCAUCAGAUGAUAAGGACUCUGAUUCCAGUAGGGAGACACUGGAUGAUCUUUUCCCGGAUGAGCAGGAUGAGCCAGGCCCUGGCAUCCAGCCUCCUCACAGCAGUGCAGCCGCAGCAGCGCAGCAGGGAGGGUACGAGAUCCCCGCUCGUCUCAGGACCCUCCACAACCUGGUGAUCCAGUACGCCUCACAGGGCCGGUAUGAGGUGGCCGUUCCCCUCUGCAAACAGGCUCUGGAAGAUCUGGAGAAAACAUCUGGACAUGAUCAUCCUGAUGUAGCCACCAUGCUCAACAUUCUUGCCCUCGUCUACAGGGACCAGAAUAAAUACAAAGAGGCAGCAAGCCUCCUUAAUGAUGCACUGGCCAUCAGAGAGAAGACCCUGGGCAGAGACCACCCUGCGGUGGCUGCCACAUUGAACAACCUGGCCGUUCUUUAUGGCAAACGAGGGAAGUACAAGGAAGCAGAGCCUCUGUGUAAAAGGGCACUGGAGAUCAGAGAGAAGGUGCUGGGGAAGGACCACCCUGAUGUUGCCAAGCAGCUGAAUAAUCUGGCCUUGCUGUGUCAGAACCAAGGAGAGGUUGAAUACUACUACCACAACUACCAUGAAGACCCACCAGACCAAACAGACCAAACACCCCCAGACGACCCCAAUACCAAAAACAACAAAAAUUCUCAGGCUUCAUGCUAUCUGAAGCAGGGGAAGUUUAAGCAGGCAGAGACUCUGUAUAAAGAGAUCCUCACCAGAGCCCAUGAGAGAGAGUUUGGCUCUGUAGAUGACGAAAAUAAACCCAUCUGGAUGCAUGCAGAGGAGAGAGAAGAACAAAGCAAGGGCAAGCAGAAGGAUGGUUCUCCAUUUGGAGAGUAUGGUGGCUGGUACAAGGCCUGUAAAGUCGACAGCCCGACUGUCACGACCACACUGAAGAACCUCGGAGCGCUCUACAGGAGACAGGGCAAGUUUGAGGCUGCGGAGACUCUGGAGGAGGCGGCUCUGCGCUCCAGAAAGCGGGGUCUGGACACGACACAUAAGCAGCGUGUGGCGGAGGUGCUGGGAGACCCUGAAGUACGAGAGAAGCAGAGGAGCCGUGAGAGCCUGAUCUCUGACACGGUGAAGUACGAAAGCGGCCCUGACGGAGGAGAGGAAGUGAGUAUGAGCGUGGAGUGGAACGGGGACGGCUCGGGCUCGCUGAAGCGCAGCGGUUCCUUUAGUAAACUGCGGGCCUCUAUCCGGCGCAGCAGUGAGAAACUGGUCCGCAAGCUCAAAGGAGGCGGCUUACGAGAAAACGAACCCAAAAAUCCUGGCAUGAAGAGGGCCAGCUCUCUUGGAGUCCUCAACGAGCCGAAUAAACCUGUGGAUGAACUCAAAGAACGAAAUAAUCGUCUAAGGAAGUCGCGAGACCUGAGUUCCAGUCACACUGACCUGGCGCAUUGAAGGUCUGCUGUUGGACGUCCCGAUGAAGAGAGGUACUAAGAGGUCUCUUCAUCAGGCUGAAGUGAACUGUGUUUUUAACAGGACUACCUUCUCCAGAGGUUCCUUUUGCUCUUGUGUCUCUGUAUAUGUAUUUAAUUUCUGGUAAGUUAGCUGUAGAAAUGACAACUGAUGUAAAAACUCAACCAGAACCAAAGUGCACAACAAAUUUCGAGAUUAUGAUGUUCUUCGAAGAUGAAAAUUUGUCAAAAAAUACAGAAAAUAGAUAUAGUUUUUCAGGCUCAGGUUGAGACUAGACACUCUGAUGGCGACCGUGAUGCUAAAGUACUGAUUCAAUCAGACUUACUCCCUUGAUAAAGAGAGAACUGCACCGUGUUUAUGAAGGUCUAUGUUUACAUGAGUGAUGGUUCAAUGAUGCACAUUUUCUUAUUGCUUUUGAGAAGUGGAAAGGGAUCUGGUUUAUAAUGGAAGAAAUAGGAAAAUAGUAAAAAGGAAAUAAUUCAAGAUCUAUACGGUUAGAAUGUGGAUUAAAUCUCAGGACUGAAAGAACAGAUUCAUUAUGCAAAGUAACAAUGCACUUUGAACGAUCUCAAAGGAUAAUGUUACACUAUCAACCCUUUGCAUGUUACAGAACUAAACUGAGGUGAUUACUUCAGUUUUAAUUGGUUUAUAGAUGCUUUUGUUUGAUCUGUAAACUGAAUAUUACAAGUUUUCAUGAAUAAUAACAACAGGAAGUCUUUCUGUUAUUUGUGAGCUAAAGCAACGCUGUUAUCUAACAUGGAGUUAUAAGCACUGCUACUCCAGAUAAAAAUGCACUGGAAUAUGAUUUCUGUUCCCAGAUGUUUAACUACAGUACCUGUUUGAAAGCGGUGUGCCUUGUGAGUGCCUCAGGCAGGUUCUUACUAAUGAAUGUGGAAGUUAUUGAUUUUGAGUGUGACAGCAGAACAGUUUGAGCUCUGUAAGGUCAAAUGUCGGACACGAUUUUACAAAGUAAAUACGAAUUUUUAAUACUGUGGUCAAAUAAAAGCCCAUUAUAUA